AUGAAGGCGUGUGUAGAGGACUGCACCGUGAAUAGGAGCACAGGUGGAACAGCCCUGGUUCCAAUUGACCCAUCCAAUCUGAGAAUAACUGAACUGAAAAUGAGUGAAGAAAGACAGGCAUUUCUGGGAGAGAUUCUGAGAAGGAAGAACGAGGUGAAAAGAAGGUUUGGACUGGUUGAGACCAAAGAAUGA